CAAUAAUCUGAACUGUCAGAUUUGAAAUUUCAAAUAAAAUCACCACAAACGGGAGCCAACAUUGGUCGCUAAAAUUGCAAAAAAUUGUGUGUUUGGAGGAUUUUUAGAGUAUCUGUAUGGAAUACUAUAUUAUGAUUCAAGAUUAGUUACAGUUACUUCAAUAUUAAUGCUUUUAGUGGUAUUUUAAAUUUGUAAAUUAAGUAUAACUUCACGAUGGAAGAAUCGAUUCUACGGUAUGAAAAAAUUGACUUCCUAGGAGAGGGACAGUUUGCCACUGUCUACAAAGCUAGAGAUGUGAAGACGGAUAAAAUUGUGGCGGUAAAGAAGAUCAAAAUAGGCUCCCGUCUGGAGGCUCAAGAUGGUAUCAACCGAACAGCUUUGAGAGAGAUAAAGCUGCUGCAGGAGUUGCAGCAUAUCAAUCUCAUUGGUUUAUUAGAUGUAUUUGGACAAAAAUCAAAUGUAUCAUUAGUGUUUGACUUUAUGGACACAGAUCUAGAGAUAAUUGUUAAGGACAAUACUAUAGUGCUCACUCCAGCUAAUGUUAAGGCUUAUAUGAUUAUGACUUUAAGAGGUUUAGAAUACUUACACCAGAAUUGGAUUUUGCACAGAGAUUUAAAGCCUAACAACUUGCUUAUAAAUCGGGAAGGAAUUCUAAAGAUUGGUGAUUUCGGUCUGGCAAAGGCCUUUGGCUCUCCGACCAGAAUAAAUACUCAUCAGGUUGUCACCAGGUGGUACAGAUCCCCAGAACUAUUGUUUGGAGCCAGGCAAUAUGGCACAGGUGUAGACAUGUGGGCGAUAGGUUGUAUAUUAGCAGAACUACUGCUGAGAGUGCCCUUCUUACCUGGAGAGUCAGAUCUGGACCAACUUUCGCGUAUCUUUCAAGUGUUUGGCACACCAAGUGAAGAAACUUGGCCAGGUAUGAAGAACUUAACAGACUAUGUGCAGUUCAAGCACUUUCCACCGCAGCAGCUACGCCACAUUUUCAGCGCCGCGUCUGAUGAUCUCAUCCAACUGUUGGAGAGCCUACUUGCUCUGUAUCCACCCAGCCGGUGUGAUUGCACACAGGCAUUACAGAUGGCGUAUUUCAGCAACAAACCAGCUCCAUCAAUAGGCUCCAAGCUGCCUAUGCCUUCCAACAUAAGCAAGAUAGAGGCUGAAAAACCGUCGCUAAAGAGAAAGCUGCUGGAAAACAUCGAUGGCGGUUCCUUAGCGAAAAGACUACAGUUUUGACUAGCAAACAACUUAAGACAUUCUUAGUACUUGCUGGACUUAGUACAAUGAAAGUGCAAUUUACCUUAUAAUAAUGAUUGUUGAUUAUAAUGAUGUUGACAUUAGAGGUAAAGCUAGAAACAUGUAAUUAUUGACAGAUAUUAUACCUCGUGCAAUGUUACACAGGUGUCUAUUAAAUAUAAUUCCAGUCUUAAGAUGUUAAAUGUCCUGUAUUUAUAGCAUUUCAGAUGAUUUUAUAUGUUAUUGCUGAUUAAUCAAAAUAAGCAGACUGCUUCAGCCAAUGAUAACUGUGUCAAUAUGUGUAAUUAGAAAACGUCAAUUUAUGUAAUGUUUUGUAAUUUUAUGCAUUUUUGUUUUUGGAUUGUUAUGGCAUAUGCACCACUUCAACUAAUUGACAGAACUGAACUGCUAAGACUUGCUGAUAUUAAUUACAAAACUUUAUUGAUAAGAGAAAAUAUAGAUUUGAUAUUAAAA